UUGGCUAGUUUCACGAGCAGGGGUUCAUCUGCUGGAAUAUUCUAAUUUUUGCACGAGUUUUAGUGGUUUUUUCAAAAAAACCUGACGAUAUGUCACAACUUUUACAUAAUCUUCACUCAGUGAUCUAUUCAUUCCAGUCCAUACCUUUUGUUCUGUAAUUCACACAACGCGUAUGUGAAGUAAAUUCGAUCGAGUUGCGAUAGUUUGUUGUUGUAUGUUUACAAAGCGAAUUCGUGUUUGAAGAAUCUUUACUUAUGGAAACUAUGGAUGCUGAUUCUCUGAAAGGAAGCCGUAUGAGGAGGAUUCUUCAGCUGGGAACUUUUGUUGUAUUUGUGUGGUGGGCAGCAGUAAUCAAGUCUGUUAGUGCAGUAUUCACCUUUAUAUUUGGGAAAGAUUAUAGGCUUGCCAUGUUUGGUAAAAAUAUAAAAAAGAACUUGUUCCUCCUUGAUGAAAGCAUUGUAGUGACUAACAAUGGAUCAUAUGGUACUAUUCCUAAGAAGGUCAAAGAAACACAAUGGAAGUAUCAGGAAGAGAUGGAAAGAUGUCCUGAUAUCUGGUUUAGAUAUAAGGUGAAAAAUCUUUGGAAUUCAUCUCUGGAAACUGUAGCCAAGUUUGUUGGAGCAAAUGUGAAAGAUCUUGUAUUCAUAGCCAAUGCCACAUCAGGAAUUAAUGCAGUUUUGCGCAGUGUUAAUUUUCAAGAGGGGGAUGGAAUCCUGAUAACAAAUCAGACCUACGGUGCUGUCCAAAUGACAGCUCAGGAAAUCUGCCAAGAAAAGAAGGCAAAGUUGUUAGUGCUCAAUGUCACAUUUCCAACUUCAGACAUGACUGGUUCUAUUAAGUACCAAGUUACUGAAAUUGUGGAACACUAUGAGAAAGUUUUGCAGGAGAACACAAAUGUAAAGUUAGUGAUCAUUGAUGCAAUCACCAGUAUUAGUGCAUUGAAGCUUCCAAUUAAAAAGCUAUCAGAGGUUUGUCACAAGCACAAUGUUUUGGUGUUGAUUGAUGGUGCUCAUGCUCCUGGACAAAUCCCAUUGGAUCUUGAGAGGAUUGGUGCAGACUUUUUUGUGGGGAAUCUUCAUAAAUGGCUCUUUGCCCCUCGUGGCUGUGCUAUUCUAUGGGUGAGUCCCAAAUUCCAUGAUGUCAUCAUCCCUCAAGUCGUGUCAUGGUUCCAUGACAAAAAUCUUCAGGACAGGUUCUUUCAACAGGGUACUAUAGAUCACACUUCUUAUACUUCAGCUGCAGCUGCUGUGCAGUUCUAUAGAGAAAUUGGUGGCAUGGGUGCAAUAACAAAGUACAACAGCCAGCUUGCAACUUGGGCAUCAACAACAUUAGCUGAAACUUGGGACACAGAGGUUCUUCCCAUUCCAGAGUCAAUGCGUGCUCCAUUUAUGGCUGUCAUCCGCCUCCCUGGAGAACUGUCUGCAGCCUAUGGAGCCACACAAAAAGGAGCAGACAAGAUGAUGUCUGAUGUAUACCACAAGUACAAUGUUAUUGCAUGUUUUAUCAGCAUUCAGGCAUCUUUGUGGUGCCGAGUGUCAGUUCAAGUGUAUAAUGUGAAAGAAGAUUACAUGCAGCUUGGUGAUGUGGUCCUUCAGUUGAAAGAGGAAUGUGUUAAUGGUUUCUGUCCUAAAGUGGAAAAGGCUGCUGAAACUAACAGAUGGUCAUGGUAUGAAGACCCACAAUUAAGUUUCUAGAUGUGAGAGAUGUUCAGUUAAAAAUGAACACAGGCGCGGGACAUAGAAUUCACUGAAUGCUUUAAGUAGAGAAGUGUUUGAUUAGAAACAAACACAGGCACAGGAUACAGAAUUCACUGAAAUGAUUUAGUAGAGAAGUGUUUGGUUAGAAACGAACACAGGUACGGGACACAAUUCACUGUAAUGCUUUAAGUAGAGAAGUGUUCAAUUAGAAACAAACACAGGCACGGGACACAGAAUUCACUGAAUAAUUUAGUAGAGAAGUGUUCGGUUAGAAACGAACACAGGUACAGGACACAAUUCACUGUAAUGCUUUAAGUAGAGAAGUGUUUGGUUAAAACAAAUACAGGCAUGGGACACAGAAUUCACUGUAAUGCUUUAAGUAGAGAACUGUUUGGUUAAAAACAAAUACAGGUGUGGGACACAGAAUUCACUGUAA